UGGAGUACGUGGAAUGAUUGGAAGUUCUGUGAAGUAAACUGUGUUCGGGAGGAUACAACAAAUGGGACACAGAGGAGACUGAGAACAUGUAAUGGCUCGAAAUGCUCAGGUAAAAACAUGGAAGAACGACAAUGCUCAAGGCCAGGAAUAUGCAAAGGAAUGAGACCAAGGAAACUGUUAUGUAAAUGCCCAAAAAGGUUAAUUAAUACAAAAUGGCACAGCCUUGAUGGAAAGAAUAUUACAGAUGCCGAAGUAAAGAAAAUGGUCCUUGACGAUUUCAAUAAGAAUAUAAAAUCCGAGAUCUCGGUUGACAAAAAAACUGUCUCAAAAGAGAUACGGAAGAAAAACUCAUCAGUAGACAAAAGAAAAUCUUCACAAUCGAUAGGAUGGGGCUGUAUUGUUUUUCUCGUUCUUUCAAUGGUUUUCUUGAUCGCAAAAGACAUACUCAACUGUUGUAUUCACUUCCGGUCACGCUUUGGCGGCAGAAAACGGAACCGAAUUAGACCAAUUAGUAUCACCCAAGAUCUGAUAGAUAGUACUACGCCUUUGAAAGAAAAUGUCAAUACCGCCGAAAGUUAUUACGCCAGCAGAUGUGGCAAUGAUUUUCAUCCUGACGAAAUGAAACGUGAAACUUACCAGAGAAGAAGGGACGACAACAAUCCUCUAGGCAGAGAUGAAUGGCUGCAGUACAUGUAACGUGUUUUACUGUUUGACUUUCCUUAAUACUUUUGAAACUGUGCUAAUCAGAAUGAUUGCAAA